UUUUUUUUACUUUUUCUUUCCUUUAUUUUACCGCUUGUAUUGAUUAUUGCUUUCGCCUCUUUUUAUUUUAUCUCUAUAAACGCAGUGGUGAUAAAGCCGAUACACAGCUGUUUCGUCUCCUUGACCUCUUCUGCUCGUCUCUUUACUUCUCUCACACCUCAGCUAUUUUCUCUUUCUUUGCUUCUCUAUUAUUUAAAAACUCUUCUCCAACUGACACUGUACUUUUCCAUACUCCUUCGACUAUGGCUGCCACUCUGAAGCGUGGCAUGGGCAAGCUCGGCCUGAAAACCAACGAGCUGCUGGGCCUAGACAGCUCAACCAAAGGCGAUUCCAACGACGAGUUCAGAGAUCUGCAACAGGAGAUUGAUAGUAGGCAGGUGGGUACCGAAAACAUCCAAGCAGCUUUGAUCCUGUACACCAACCACUUGUUGAAGAAAAAGGACUCGAGCGAUAAUUCCAAGCAAAAGUUAUUUUUGCUCGAAAACCUGGGCUCGUCCAUGUUCCGUCUGGGUGCCAGUCUUCCGUCAGAAUCCAAGUAUGGCCAGGUCAUCGAGCAGUUCGGACAGGUUGAGGAGCGGCUGAACGACCUCAAGAUCCAGUUCAUCAAUUCCACCAAGGACGGGUGGGUGUCGAGCCUGCAGCGCAGCAUUGACGAGUUUAAAGAGUACCAGUCGCUGCAAAAGAAGCUUGAUGUGCGCCGCAGCGACUUUGAGUCUAAGCAGAGCAAGUUGCAAAAGUCACGCAAAGAGAACAUCGCGCUCGAAGAUGAUGUGCGGACAGCCCAGGUCCGCUACGAUGACACGUACGAGGACGUCACCCGGCGCAUGCUGGACAUAAAGGACAGCGACCACGAUCACCUGGUCGAGCUUUACAGCUUUUACGAGGCGCAGGCUGCCUACCACAGAAGCUGUAGUGAGCAACUGGAGCGCUUGCGCAGUGUCUUUGAGGAGAAUCUCAAGGCCAAGCGCUUGGUCGCCGAUCGCAGCGCAAUGAGCAACUCGCUGAGUUCCCGGCGAUCUGCAAUGACCCUGAAGAGCAACGACGGCAGCGUUUCUGGUCGCAUCCCUAUUCCAUUCGGAACCAUCAAACUCGCAACAUCCCUGUCACGCACUGCAUCAGCCAGGGGUGCUCUUUCGCACCACCGCAAUGGCAGCACGCAGUUCAGCGACACCAGCGACGAGCUCGGAUCACAGCGCGCCAUGUCGCCGUUUGAGUCUUCGGGCAGCCACGACAGUGCCGCACGCCAGCCUCCACAGUUUGCCCGCGUGCAGAGCGAUAUUAGCCCAAUGAUGCGCAAGGCUGCGCCGACCGUGGCCCCGCGCCGACACGCGCCGCCACCUCCGACUCCUGCCCGUCCCGCCGCUCGUGUUCUUAGGCGUGCCAUCUACAAGUUCAACGCCAACGAGGUUGGUGAGCUGGCCAUGGAGAAGGGCGACAUUGUUGAGGUAACUGAGCAUGUUGAUGACGGCUGGUGGUACGGCAAGCUUGUCCACUCGGGCUCGGGACAAGGCGUUGUUACCGGAGGAGGCCAGCCUGGCUUGUUCCCAACUAACUACACCGAGGAUUGCAGCGAAUCUGAUAUCCCGCCACCACUUCUGUCGAGAGCUCCUACUGCGCACCGCUCGCAGACAACUCCAAAUGAGUUGCGCAUGCCGGCGGCACGCACUCAUCAUCGCACUGGUAGCAAUGUGCCUGCGAUGCCUGCCCCGAUGCCCAACGAGUCGGUGUGUGUUUGUGCGUGCGGCUGCGACGACUUUGAGAAGAACCCAUUCAAACCCAGCCUCAAAGAAUGCAGGAACUGCUACCACAUUCAUUAGGCAUUUGUGCAGACAGUUUUUAUUUAUUGAUGCUUUGUAUGGCAGACCAUUUGUUUUUUUUAAAAUUUAUUUCAUUCAUUUCUCUUCUAAAUAGACACUUGCCUUUGU